AUGUCUCUCCAAUCCUGGCAGAAGCCCGUCGACUGCGAUGCGAAGAUCGACACAAGCGGUCUGUCUGGCAAGACAGCCGUUGUAACUGGAGGUGCGAAUGGUCUUGGACAGGCGUACAUCAGAGCGUUGGUCGCUGCCGGCGUCAAUGUCUGCUUCGGAGACAUGAAUGCUGCCGAUGGUGAAAGCCUAGCAGCAGAACUGUCUAGCACCAACUUCGUCAAGUGUGAUGUUCGGAGCUGGAAAGACCAACUCCGCCUGUUCAAGGAGGCGGCUGCGUCCUCGUGCUCGGGAAGGAUUGACUAUGUCGUGGCGAAUGCUGGGAUUUCAGUCCAAGACGACGUCUUUUCCUUCGAUGGCGAAGGAGAAGAACCCUCGAAACCUGACCUGACCACACUCGACGUCAAUCUCCAUGGCGUAAUGUACACGGUCAAGCUGUCAAUGCACUACUUUAUCAAGCAGAAUGGCACCACCCCGUCGCCGACCCAGCAAGAUACGUGCCUAAUCCUCAUCGGCUCAGGAGCGGCAUUCCUUGACGUCCCUCGAAGCGUCCAGUACUGUAGCCCGAAAUGGGGCGCGCGCGGAGUGAUGCACGCCAUGAGACGAACUGCCCAUUUCUACGGAAGCCGUGUCAACAUGAUCUCGCCCUGGUAUGUUAGGACCAAAAUCCUGUCGCAGGCCGCGUUCGACCAAGUCAAAGACGCAGGGGUCGAGUUUGCAACGCCGGAAGACGGAGGACAGUGUCUGUUGCGCAUUUUAAGCGAUCCAGCGGUCAACGGACGCACUCUGUUCUUGUCGCCUCGGAAAUGGGCUAAGAACGGAUAUCUGGAUCUGGAUCUUGACGAAUUCUCGCAGGAAGCUACUUUCUUGCAGGAGGUACAAGCGGAUCAGAUCAAGAACGCGCCGGUGGAGCUUGGUCUGUUUCCGUAG